CGCCGAGCGCAGGCGAGGCCUGGGAGACACCCCUAAAUUUCUUUUUACUCGCGCCCCCGCCCGCGCCGAGCCAAAGGAGCUCCGCGGAGCCGCCAGGCGCCCACCCCGGCGAUUCGCUCGCUACGCGUCGCUCACCGCCGGGGCGGGCGCCUGGCGGCGCCGCUGCGCAAAAAGUCGCUCCUCGCUUGAUCAUCGGCUGCUGUGACCAGGUGGAGAGCCACGACCUGCCCUCCAUCGACGUGGCGCCGCUCCCACUCCGGCUUCAAGUACACGCACUUCGACAUCGCCGCCGGCCUCGCCACCACCGCGUCGGGGCCGGGCGGCGCUGAGGUGCUGUCGGCCAUGCGCACCUCCAGAGGCGAAGGCGCGACACGGGCUCGGCCGGGGCGCACUCGGUGUCAUUAUUAUACCGGCAAGUGAUGACGGACUAGACGGGCUCGCGGGCUCCUCCUCGCUCUCGAACCUCGCCGAGCUGCAGUACUCGCCGUCUAUGCGGCCGAUCCAGCGCCGGUCGGGAGAGGCGAGGCUCGUCGGAGACCCAUCGCCGCGCAGGCCGAGCGAGGCGGUCGGCGAGAGCGGCGAGCCAAUCAGCUGCGGCGGCGGAGGCGGAGGUGGAGGUAGCGGCGGAGGAGGCGGCGACGGCGGAGGAGGGGGAGGGGGAGGGGGAGGAGGCGCCGAGGGGUGGGGAAGCCGCGGGGCGGACGGGGCGUGCGGCGGCGACGAGGCCAAGUGGCAGCGCACGGCCUGCAGCUGGAGCAGCGCGAGGGGGUCUGCGCCGAGGUGAGGCGCCGCCCUCGGGGGGGAGGCGGAGACGCGCGGCCUCUCCAUCCCUGAGGUUGGCACUCGGUGGCGCGCCGGCGCGCCUCGCCCAUGGGCUCUUGCACUCUCUGCAUGGGGGUGUUAACUAUCUCACGCCGGCGCGCUCACGCUCUCCGACGUCGUUCUGUUGAGAAGAGAGCAUUGGCGCACGGUACUGUCGUGCAUGUGUUUGGUUCUCGUGCACGUAUACGGUAUUGUCGGAACCGAAUUCGCUUGCGUC